GUCUAGAGUUAAACUCGCGUAUAAUUUUGCUGCAUGGAUGUCGAAAUGCGGAUGAUUAAAACAGGGACGUUAAUUUGACAUUACUGAAGUUUUGAUCGAACAAGUGAGCCGGAAGCAUUACGUAACAGUCAUUUUGACGUUUAAGUGAAAUAUUUGAUGAAAAUGUCUUGCGAACUUGUUAACACAAUAGGUAUUGGAGACUGUGAAUUCGACAAAAAUCGCAAAAGUGAACGAGUUUUCGCCACCACAAUCGCCGACGAGUUUGUGUCAGAAAUUAUAGAAAACGCACUGGAUAUUGUCGAUGAAACUGCUAGACAGGAAGAAGCUUCUAUUGGCUACAUUCUAGAUAACCUUUCAAAUAAAUUCAAAGACAUGGUUUUGGUAGAAGAGCUGCCGAAAUCGGUGGACAAACGUUCAAUUUCUCCGAAAGGUGGUAUUGGCGAUCAGCUGAAGAUCGACGAAUCUAUGGUUGAAGAGGAAACCGUUAGGCUGCCUCCAGUUGAGAAGAAAAACAGGUUGACGGAUUUGGUGAAGAAUUCCAAACACAUCUUGGCGAAGCUCAUCAUGACCGAAGCUAAGGAGAAUCCUGUUGACGAUAAAGAGGAAAAGGUGGUGCGUGUUGUUGACAUAGAUUCAGGUGACCCUCCCUUCAAGGUUGUACCAGAACACAAACAUGAGACUGUAUUGCGUGAAGGAGGCGAAGAGAACAAAAUGGAAGACGUCCAGCUCGGUCAAUCAAGCGAAACCACUCCUAAGGAAUCUUACGAUAAAAAGACCAUGACGUUUCCGAUGACUACCUCUACUUCAUCUUCUGGGAACACCGGAAGCCUUGCAUCAAGAUACAGAACACUAAAAUUCACCCAGGAAUUGAUGAAGAAAAGGAACUGGAGUUUCGGCACGAAGAUACUGAACUAUAUCAGGAAGCAUCAGAAAAAAGGCGAGAAGGAAAAGAAAACUGAAGAUGAGUCGGAGCUCAAUGCAUCGAAUUGAGUCUCUGUGUGAUUCGUGUUCCAAUUCACGUUCAAUAAAAUCGUAUUGUGCACGCUGAAAACGUUUUUCUUUGACUUUCAGCGUGCGACAAAUUGCAACAACGUUUUGACCUUG